AUGUCGUCGACCACUGCACUACCUAACAAAGCCGUGGAAACGUGUUGCCGGCAAGAAAAAUGCGCACGCAUCGCCGGGACCGCCAUCGACCCUAACUGGAGGGAUUGGGCGGACCUGAUCGCCGGGCCGGCAGGCCUGAUCGCCGAGCGUGUCCUCGCGGAUGACGUUGCCGACUACCUCCGCUUCCGCGCGGUGUGCCGCACAUGGCGGCGAUGCACCGCGUCCCCGCACGCGCAUGACAGCCUGGACCGCCGGUUCCACCCCCGGCGGUGGAUCAUGCUAGCACAGACCCUCGGCGCCAUCCGGAAGCGCCGUGACUUUCUGAACAUCUCGACCGGGGAGCGCAUCCGGGUGAACCUGCCGGAGCUCCGCUACCAGUACGUGUUCAGGGCCACCUCUGAUGGCGGCCUCAUCGUGCUGUGCGACAAGCGCACCUACGUCGUCCGCCUCCUCAACCCGCUCACCCGGCAGCUGACCACCCUCCCGGCCGCGAUCAGGCAGCAGUACACUGGGAGCACCCAAAGACGUAAUGGCAACGAUAAGCAGUGGACGCGGUUGCACACCGGCCACAUCAUUACAACCUUGCCAUUCGCGGGCUGCUUCUACUGCCUCACCGAGACAGCCCUCAUGGGGGCGGACACGACCGCGUCCACAAACCCGCAGCUGGCAGUGGCGUCCGAAUUGGGUGAUAUGGGUUCUGCGCGGUAUGAUCAAACCGUGAAAUUAGUGGACAACGACGGGGAACUAGUUCUUGUGUGUCGGAUCAUGCGUGACAAUAACAACACUUUCCGGAAAGGUUAUGAGGUGUACCGGGUGGAUCUGGAGGCAGGAAUCACCCUACCGAUGCAGCAAGGGAUCGGUGGGCGCGCCUUGUUUGCUAUCCAAUCAUGUUCGUGCUGA